AUGAUCCUUCUCAUCAUCAGCCUUAUACUACUUCUUUCAUGGGCCCCCAUCUCACUUCGGCGGAUUGCAGCGGCGGCGAGAGCCGCCUACGACGCGAGAGGUGUAUGGCUUAAAGAUAGAUUGGCAGGAGGCCGGAUUCAUCGCACUGUAAGUGUGGUAAACUUCAGCUAUACUGGAUACAGGUCGAGUCUGGAUCGCCGUCUUGCCCUACGCGCCUUACCAAACCAGCGUCUUGCCAAUGCCUUUGGAAUCCACAACUCGUUUGCAACCUUUGACCGGAAGGUUCACAUGAACUUUCUCAAGCGGUCGUACGAAGCCGUCAGCAAAGCCGACCACCAUGACUGGCUGCAGCUCUUUGACCAUGCCUGUCGAGUUGUGGAAGGGUACUCUGACGUCCUUGGCAAGUCGAGUGAUGGCAUCUUACUGGCAUCGAUGGUCCGCAAGGUCUGCCUCCGAGUUGUGAUGCGGCACUUGUUCGACUCUUCGGUGGAAGGGACCUCGCUAGAUCAUGAGUACCAGACGGCAACCGACCAGAUCAACUUGCAGUGGAUUGCGUCCAAACAGAAUCACGCAGCAAAUCAGGUAGAGCGAUCGUAUGAGCUUGAACAGGCGUUACGCAGCAUCAUGAAGCAGAGUCCUCUGCCACCAGAUGAGGCCGAGCCAGUUAAAGUAUUGGAGUUUCUCCUGCCGGCAUACGAGACACUCUUCAGGCUCUUGACACGUUACACCAGGAUAUACCGUGACUGGCUCACUACAUCACAGGAAGGACUUAGGCUGUAUCCAUCAACAAAGCGCGUUUACCGCGCUGUCAACGUCAGCAGCGAUACAGACCAGUCCCGCUGUGGGCACACUAUUGGCGGGGACAUUGAAGCGGUGCACCUCGACCCAAAUAGCUGGGGCCCCGAUGUACGGCAGUUUCGGCCAAAGCGAUUCAUAAACCUAACGAGCUUGCAAAAGGUAGCCUAUCUUCCAUUCGGGACAAAGCCUCAUCGGUGUCCCGCCUACGCAGGCUUUGGAGAGCGCUUGAUUGCUCUUCUGGUUGCGGCUCUCUGUACUCGUUUCCAUCCCAGUAUGGCGUCGGUGCAAUUGAGAGAUGCAUCCCUUGAUGGAAAACCAAAGCGCGUCUUUGCCGACUAG